AUGGGGACGUGGGGUGGGAUCCUCCUGGGGCUCGUUGAGGAUCGGGAGAAGGUCAAGAGGGAGGGCAUCGGCUGCUACAUGUUCCGCAUCGACGAGGCGGAGGUGGUGGACGCCACCAUGCACGGCAGCGCCGCCCGCUUCAUCAACCACUCCUGCGAGCCCAACUGCUACUCCCGCGUCAUCCACGUGGAAGGCCACAAGCGCAUCGUCAUCUUCGCCCUGCGCCGCAUCCUGCGGGGGGAGGAGCUCACCUACGACUACAAGUUCCCCAUCGAGGAACCCGCCGCCAAACUGCCCUGCAACUGCGGGGCCAAGCGCUGCCGACGCUUCCUCAACUAGAGUGGAGGGGCACCCAUGGGUGCUCUGGACUCUUGGGUUGGGGGGUAGGAGGGGGUAAGAGGGGGUUUGGAGGUAGUUGUGGAGCCCUAGAGAUGUCUACACCCAACUGGAAGACAGCAGGACUCAAGGGGAGGUGGUGGGGAGGAGAUACGGAAGCCCUUGAGAUGCCUUCAUCCAACUGGGAGGACCCCUGGGUGCUCUGGAGCCCUGGGUGGGGGGGUUGGAGGUAGUUAUGGAGCCCUGGAGAUGCCUCCACUCAACUGGAAGACACCAGGACUCAAGGGGAGGCAGUGGAGAGGAGAUACGGAAGCCCUUGAGAUGCCUCCACCCAACUGGGAGCAACCAACAGCCGUGGAGAGGGGGUUUGGAGGUGGUUAUGGAGCUCUUGAGAUGCCUCCACCCAACUGGGAGUGACCAAUAGUCAACAGGAGGUGCUGGAGAGGAGAUAUGGAAGCCCUUGAGAUGCCUUCACCCAACUGGAAGACACCAGGAGCCAUGGGGAGGUCUGGAGAGGGGGUUUGGAGGUGGUUAUGGAGCCCUGGAGAUGCCUCCACCCAACUGGGAGCAACCUGAAGUCAUGGGGAGGCGCUGGAGAGAAGAUCUGGAAGCCCCUGAGAUGCCACCACCCAACGGGGAGCACCCAUGGGUGCCCU